UUCGCAGGCUGCAGCCAGUGCGAAGAAAUCUCCAGGAGGCUUCAGUGGAGGGAGAACACUGCACAGGGGUGGUCACACUGCAGAAUGAUCCAGAUUCUGGAGCCCCGAUCUCUUCCACGGUCCAUCAUGCCGGUUGAUGUCGCAGUUAGGAUAUGCUUAGCACAUUCUCCACCGCUAAAAAAAUUCCUCAGUCCCUAUGAUGAUUGCAGAGGGAGAAAUUUUGUCAAUCGGUUUAAGCCACUAAGACCAUGUCUCAGCAAAAAAAAGGAAUCGGAUUCCAGGAACAGUGAGUGGAACCGUUCAAAAUCCAGAGGCAAGAAGAAAGUAAUCUUUGCUGAUUCUAAAGGACUUUCCCUGACAUCGGUGCACGUGUUUUCAGAAUUUAAAGAAGAACCUGCGAAUGACCUCCAGUUUGAUCUGAUAGAUCUUGAAGGUAUCACAGCCAGCUUAAAACUGCACGAAGAAAAGAAUUUGAUCCUGGGAUUCACUCAACCGUCGGCUGAUUACUUACAGUUCCGUAACAAAAUUCAAAAGGACUUUAUCUGCCUGGAGAACUGCAGCCUUCAGGAGAGGUCCAUUGCUGGCACUAUCAAAGUAAAGAAUCUGAGCUAUGAAAAAACAGUCAAGAUACGAAUAACCUUCGACACAUGGAAAACAUACAUCGAUGUUGUUUGCGUCUACAUGAACAAUGUCUAUGGGGGUGCAGACUGUGAUACAUUCUCCUUUGUCAUAGACCUGCCUCCUAACAUUCCCAGUCAUGAGAAAAUUGAGUUCUGCAUAUCGUAUGAAAGUGGUGGCCAGGUGUUCUGGGAUAAUAAUGAGGGACAGAACUACGGUAUAGUUCAUGCAGAAUGGAAAUCAGAUGGCGUGCAGACCAAUUCACUAACAAAAACAGACAUAACCUCAUAUAAAUCCCCAAAGAUCAAUCUACAGAAUGGUUUAAAUCAGUUUGGAAUCCCUAAAACAUCCUUUUCCAUAUAUCCCGAAUGGCAAAGUUUGGGUAAAUUAGGAAACACAUCACCUUACUGGUGAACUCAGUCCUUGACCGUUGGUUUUAAUUAUCAAAUGGAUCUCAAUGUCCACAGGGACAAAAAGCGCAAUAUACAUUCACGCUGCAGGCUGUGUAAGAACAUCAGGGCAGAAAAUGACUAUUUAUGCAAACGUGACCAUAAUUCAGACAGAAAGCUUUAAUAUUAAGCAAAUUGUUCAUGUUCAGAGCACCUUUUAAUCCUGGAUCGGUCUGCAUUAGAAUAGAGCACAUAUGCUUUCUGUAUACCAACUAAAUAGGUGGUACUGAAAAGCCUACAUAUAUUGUUAUGUGUGGUCAGUAUAACGUGCACAAUAUUUUACUGUAAACAGGAUGAAAUAAUGGGAGGUAAUUACUCAACAAUGUUCUUCCUUUUUAAUUGUGUUAGGAUGAUGAUAUGUGAUGUGCUGUGGUUUAACCUAUGUAGUACAUUACUGGGAUGAACAGUCAGCGGUCAGCAUCCACAGGUUUACUUAAGGGGUCUUCUACCCAAUAGACAAAGUUACAUUUCAGGAGCUGGCAGAUUGGAAUCACAGAUGGUUUUUAGGGUUGAAGAGUUCAUCAACUAAAAGAGGUCUACCAUCGUCAUGAACUAGAUCAAGAAUGAUUAUUGAUAUAAUGACAUUGUAUAUGUGAACACUAAUAUAGCCCUCUCCCUAUGCACCAUAGAUCUGGGUUAAUCACAAAUCAGGCUGUGAAUAAGACUAAGCUACCCAGGCACACUUGAGGUUAUAUUGUGUAUUACACAGAUGUUUCAUGAUCAGAUUUUUUUGACAUUUCAGGAUCUUGAAGGUCUGAUCUCUACAUUGAUCGUGUAAGAAGUGCCUUUAAAUAAUGCCAAAAAAUAUGUAUGUAGAGCUCUUGGUUGUUUACUAAAUUAUUUUUAGUAGAUGUAUUUCUUUUGUGUGUGCCAUACACAAGUAUGCAAUAAGCCAACUGGUAUAAGUACAGUAUGCCACCAUCUCUGUAAUAUCGGAUGAGUUAUCUCCUUGUAAUGUAUUACUGAAAAGACAGAAUUGGAAAUUAGUAUUAGCUGUACUCCCAAAAUAAUUUGCACCCGAUCUGUAACAAUUUUAUAUCCGUUAUGUUUAUAAGAGAAUUAUGGAAGUUAUGUAAUCCCCAUCCUUCAUAUUGAAGGUAAGACCUUUAUUGCACCUUUUUAUGUGAAUUUGGUAUUUAAUAGAAUUGUAGGUUCCUUAAAUAAAGGAUGAUCUGAUUGUAGUUGAUGUCUUUACAAAUGUUUAGGCAAAAACUUUGAGGUAAUUCAUUUUUGGUUUUGCAGAAAGUAAAUUCUUCUAUUAAAAGAAUACUCAAAAGCAUUGCCAGCUUUAUGAAUAUAGAUAUUUUAUUGGGUGACUUUUCCCCCUAUACUUCUGCUUUGUGAAGAAUCUUAAUGUCUUCUUUAGAACUUAAUUUUUUCUUGAAAAUUUUAACUCUGCACUUUUUAGUGGAUUCUUAAGAUUUAAACAAAGCAGCUUUAUUUUUUUACUGUGUUGCGAGCUUGAAGAUAUACUGUAGUUCAGAAAAUCUGGGCAAAAAGUAAAGGUAGAAAUGAACUGUGAUGCUUGCUGAAAAUGACUGCUAUUUCCGAUGUUGAUAGCAUUGGGGAAAUGGUAGAAAAUGUAAACAAGCUUUUUGGAAUGUUUGGCACUUUACCAUGGAGAGGAGAUGAAGAUAUUUUUGUAUUUCAAAGAGUGGACGACUGUUUAAUGGUGAAACUGUUUUUAAGGCGCAAUGUAUGUUUCCUACUGUAAAGGUUUAUCACUGUUCAAUGGAACUGUAUGAUGCAAAUGUUUCUGGCAAUAAAUUAUGUUUUUUCUGUAA